UCACACCAAAAAUGUCUGGAUCUAAUAACAUAGCUCUUGCAGCUAGGUCUUCUCCUACAUCAUAUACCAAACGGAAUCAGGCAAGAAUGCCUAAUGCUACUCGCAAUCGUCCUCGACCAAAGUGUGAUCAUUGUGGACUGCUUGGACAUAUAAAAUCUCGAUGUUAUGUGCUUCAUGGUUAUCCUCCAAAUCAUCCUAAGGCUACAUGUUCAACUAGUGAUUCAUCUAAAAUUGAACAGGCGCAACAGGGAAGAACAUCGGCAAACAAUGUAAAAGUCAAUGCUGUUUUGUCACAACUUACCGAAGAACAGGUCAGUCAAUUGGCAUCUUGGUUAAAUGUUGAUACUUCACCGGCUGCCGCUAAUCUAGCAGGACCCUUUGUCGAGGAAGCUGAUUGGAGUGGGUAACUUGAGCGGUGGACUUUACCAUCUUCUUCUUCCAACUACUUCUCAUGCUUUGUUUGCUUCUCCUAGUAAUAAGACAGCUCAUAUAUAGCAUAUGAG